CAUAUGAACCUAUUACACUGACAUUUUUACGUUCAACAAUUAUCCUACCUGAUGAUGAAUGACUACGUCAAUAAAAUUGAACCGGAGAACACAAAGUAUUCGUUAUUUCAAUUACAUCCAAGUUCAUGUACUGCUAUGGAAACUGAAGUGGAGAUAACAGCCAUGUGUUCAUUUUCAGACUUACUAUUUAUUGGAACAAGCAAGGGUUUAGUAUCUCAAUUGAUUAUUCAAGAGUUGUAUGACAAUAAAACAUCAUUUUGUUUCAGUAAUGUUCUAUCAAGGAGAAUAUUUACUAAACCUAUUUCAAGGCUUGAAACUUCUUCCAAAAAAACAACACUUUCUAUUUUCAGCGAUGAAAAUCUUACCUUAUGUAACGCGGAAAAUCUUGAGAUAAUGAAUUUUAUUCCAUCUUUCAAAGGCGUUUCAUCAUUCCAUUUGUGCUCUUUCGAUGAUGAAAAAGAGAAGCUGUGCAUAGGAUUUAAAUCGGGUUUAAUCCAACUACAUCAUAUUUUUGUAUCAACAUGUAUGCUUGUUUUUGAAACCAGGUUAACAGAAGUUUCACAGUCUCUUUGCAUCUCACCACAGUUUUUAUGUGUUGCAUCGGACAGUAAUUACAUAUCAAUAAAUUUACGUACAAACAGUACUACAGAGUUAUUGCGUUCAGUAAAAGAGCCAGUACGAAAUUACAUAGUCUAUUUUACUCAGAAUGAAUUUAUUGUUUCUGGUCCAGGAUCAUUGGGUAUUAUUGUCGAUGCUAAUGGUGUAUCUCAUCGUGCACCACUUCAAUUAUCACCAAAUAUAGUAGAAGUUUUUGUGUGGAGAAAUUAUUUCUUCACUAUUACUGACGAAUUUUUUACCAUUCACAACAUCUUGACACAAUCCCAGAUACAAACAAUAAAUCUUCAAAAGCCAUCUGUAGCUUGUUUUUCUGCUGAUGCUCAUUUGUUAUACUUUACUGGAACAUCUGACUGUAAUACUGACACUACAUCCAUCAGAAAUAUUCAAGUCUUAGGACCAGAACGUUGGGAUUUGAUUGCACGGAGGUUCAUCUUAACUGGUUGUCUUAAACAAGCUUUCCUUGUACAACAACAAGAACGAAAUCGUCUUACUCAAGCCAUGCAGUUGCAAGUUGAGAAAUUCAAACAUGAACAACAAUUAUUCGAUAAGAGACGUCAACGGGUACUUGGACUUUUAGGAUUUUAUCAUUUUGAAAAGGGCGAACUAGAUAAAGCAGCUUCCUACUUUGAACAGAGCACUAUAGACAUACGUGAAAUUCUGUUUCGGUAUUCUGAUCUCUUGCCAAAAGGUUGUUAUUUUAUGCCAAAUUGGUUUUACAAACUACAUCAGACUAAUCCCGAAGCUAAUCAUGAUAAUGACGAUAAUGCUCAAACGUCUGGAAUUAAUUUGACUAGUGAUUUGUGCAUUUUAAGAGCUGCAGAAGAUUCAGAUAAUGAUGAUCAUGAUCUAACAAUUAGUUCAUCAUGGUUAUUAAAAUAUGAAGAAUUCCUUUUCAACUUUUUACGUAAACAUCAUAAAAGUAAAUUUGUUGAGAAGCAUUUACAUUUUGUAGAAACUGCUUUAGUUAAACUGUACGUUCGAUUACAACAGGCUGGUAUUCAACCAUAUCCCUAUGAAUUAAUCAUUGAUACGUCUUCUAGUGAUUCUCAGUCAGGUGAAGGUGGUCUCACUAAGUCAACUAACAAUAAUAAUCAAGGUUUAGUUGAUCUGAUUUCAAGCUUGAUACACAUUGACGUGGAAGAUUUAACUGUCUACUUAGAAAAUAAUAAUGCUUACCAUGCUUUGGCGCUUAUUUAUCGUUGGCAAGGUAACCUUUCAGGUGCAUUGGAAAUAUGGCGAAAACUAGUUUACAAUGAACUAAAUGAUUCAAGUUUUCCAGGAGUAGAAUUUUAUAUUUCUAUACUAUUGGACCUAUCCGCGCAUAAUUCAACUGACUCUCAGAAACAAUCACUUUAUAAGGGAGCGGCUAUUCAUUCGUCAAAUGAUGUAAAUUAUGAGUUCUCUGUUUAUUCUGAAUUAGUUUGGAAUCAUUUUAUGCAAGCUUUAACAACUAAUCAUGAGAUUAUAGCUGAACAGCUCAUGCUACGUUUUCCUAUUCCCUCAAGUUAUGUUAAUUCAUCAUGUGAAUUGUCUGUUAUUGAAGGCAGUACAACCGAAACGUCCUUGGAAAGUAGCCUUGCACCAUCCCAAAUUCUAUCACCUAAUCAUAUUAUUAAAAGCCUUAUUUCUUCAUAUCCAAAUAUGACAAUGACUUAUUUGAAACAUUUGUGUUCUUCUCUACCCAAUUGUCAUCCAGAAAAUCAUAAUCUGUUAGGCAAACUUUAUUUAAAUACCCUAUUAAUGAAAUUAAGGAGUACUGACAAUUUAUCUGAUGAUCAAAUGAAAAAACAAAUCCGUAAAUUGAGAACUGAAUUUUGCCAACUGAUCUGUUAUUCAUUAUUGAUAUCACAUAAAACACUACUGGACCGUUUAUAUAAUGAGAGUGUUGCAGUUCAAAAGAAGCUCGCCUAUGAACUAGCGAUUCUUGAAGGAAAGGCCAAUAAUCAUGUGAAGGCUUUAAAAUAUCUUAUUGAAGAUGUAAAUGAUUAUAAAGCCGCAUUGUACUAUUGUCUUACAUUCAGCCGUCAACAACCUAUUCAUUGUAGUGCACGUAACAAUGAUACUAAUGUAAAAUGUAAUACAAUAGCAGUAAAUUCACUUGGUACUUAUCACCAUUGGGAUCAGUUUGAAUUUAUGGAAGGUGAUUCUAGUAAUCAACCAAUAUCCUCCUUCUUAUUUACAACAUUUGUUGAAAUCUGUCUUGAUAGACUUCAUACUAACGAGAACAAUUCUAAAGAUAUAAAGAAAAUGAUUUUGAAUCUUCUGAAUAAUCCUGAUUUAAAAUUUAAUUAUUCAAAGGUAAUUAGUUACUCUUUUUUUUUCUAUGUCAUAUAUGUUUGAUUUAACUAAGACUCUAGAGUUUUUCUAUUUGCUCAACUUCUUUUCUUAGUUGCUAAUGGUCUAUCUAUACUAAGAAAUGACAUAAGCAUAAUUCCCAUCUUGAUUUGCUCGGAGUUGACUGCGGACUAUGUGCACAAUGUGUAAAAUCGUCCUCAGGACCCAUAGACGUAAUCCUCUAUCAUCAACCCCCCUAAAUUUAACUUUGAUAUAUUCGAAGGACAAUUUAAUAUUUAGCUACAUCUACUUGGAUAUCAGAGUAAUAAAGUUUCAAUUCUUAUUGUAAUCCUUUAUACAAGUGUGUUUUGGUUAUUAAUAUAAGGUUCAUUGAUCUUACAGUAAUCACAAACUCAAAAUUACUGACUGUUUGUCAGACAAAGGUACAGUGAAAACUUUGUUUUUAAUGUUUUCCAGUUUUCAGUGUCUCUUUCACCUGAUAUAGACUUUUUUUACGAAAACUAUCUUCAAAUUAAUCAUAUCCUUUGAAAAAGAAACAUUAAGUAUUGUUAUUUUUCUUCCAGUUAUUAUCUCGUUUUCCAUCAACAUGGAACAUUCUGGAAAUCAAACCAUUUUUACAUAAUGCAUUUCGAUCUACUCUACAAGAAUGGUCAGAACUUCAGUUAGAAUAUGGUUUGACUAAAUAUAAUGCGAAAUUAUCUAUUGUUGAUCUCCCUAACAAAUCACAUUUUCUAUUAGUUAAAGAUGAUAUUUUGUGUUCUGUAUGCCAUCAAUCAAUUUGUGUAUAUGGUCCAUCUGAUAGCUUUGCUUGGCUUAUUCCUAAAAACCAAGUUGUUCACACUCACUGUUUGUCAUCUAAUCAAUGAAUAAAAUCUAUGCUUAUGUAAUUCCUUUUUCCUCUAAUUUAUUUUUUUACUUCUGUUGUUUGCCUAGUGUUUUCUUAUUUAUUGAUUUUGUUUUUUUUUCUAUCCUGUUGAUCAUUAAAGUCAUUCAAACCGACAAACUGUUCUGCACUAUAUUUACUUAACUUUCUUUUUCUUUGUUUAAUGUACAUAUUUACAUGUUUUCUAUGAGCUAUUACGUUUUCUUGUAUUUAUAUAUACAUAAUAUUAACAACUUGGUACUUG